CCUCUCUCUUACCAUUUGUUUCGCAGUCACUACUGUUCAUUUCUUAUAACAACUCUCAUGUUAAGCCACUGUUGAAUGAAAACCUUGGGAAUAUGAGAAGGCCUUGCAAACAUUCUAAGAAGAAACAUGAUCUCUUUGAAUGCCUCCCUGACGAUCUCCUUGUCCUUAUUCUUUCUAAGCUCAGCUCCACCGCUUCUUCUCCUUCUGAUUUCAUCAACAUCAUCUUAACAUGCAAGAGGUUAAACCGGUUAGGCCUGCACCGUCUUGUGUUAUCCAAAGCUGCCUCUAAACUAUUCGCCAUAAAACCGAAAAAUUGGUCGGAAUAUGCUCACUCUUUUCUCAAACACUGCGCUAACGCCGGUAACGUGGAUGCCUGUUACACUCUCGGAAUGAUCCGAUUUUACUGUUUGAAAAAUCGAGGGAGCGGACUCUCGUUAAUGGCGAAGGCGGCCAUGAAGCUGCACGCGCCGGCUCUGUACUCGCUGGCGGUGAUUCAGUUCAACGGCAGCGGCGGUUCGAAGCGCGACAAGGAUCUACGCGCGGGCGUGGCCUUGUCGGCGCGUGCGUCGUUACUCGGCCACAUCGACGCGCUUCGGGAGUUAGGCCAUUGCCUUCAAGACGGUUACGGCGUGCGGCAGAACGUCACGGAGGGGAGGCGGCUACUCGUGCAGGCCAACGUGCGCGAGCUCGCGUACGUCCUACGCGCCGUGGCGCCUUCGCGCUGCUACGAGACCUCGCUGCUGACGUGGCGCGCGCUGAGAUGUCAGAGAAACAACAACAACAACAACGCGGUGGUGGCAUGUCCUUUGCUGAGUGAUUAUGGUUACAACGUGGCGGCGCCGGAGGUGCAGCCGGCGAAUUGGUUUCUGAGAGAGUGGUUUGAGUCCGGUAAGGGAAAAUUGGAGGAAGGACUAAGGCUUUGCGCGCACAUUGGGUGUGGCCGACCGGAGACGCGGCCGCACGAGUUUCGCCGGUGUUCGGUUUGCGGCAAAGUGAAUUACUGUUCUCGUGGAUGUCAGGCGCUGGAUUGGAAGUUGCGGCAUAAGAUGGAGUGUUCGCCGGUGGAAAUGUACGAUGGUGGUGUGGAUGGAGAGGAUGAGUUUGUGGUCCCAAACGAUGCCGUUUGAAGAAAUGUUUCAUGAAAUUCCGGUGCAGAAUGAUUUGAGGCAAAAGUCUUCCUGUCAAAGAAUUAAAAUUCUCUACUCUUGCCUUCAUUUUGUUUUUAUUCAUUGGAUCUACGGCAUCACAACAACAACAACAGUUAGCAACAGUUACAACUCAGCCUACAGAAUCGAUUUCUAAGGUAGAACAUAAGAAAAAAAGAACAGAAAUAAAUAGAGAAAAUAAGGGAUUCUAUAAAUUAAAAAUAUGUCAAUGAGUUGUAUGUACCAUGUACAGAUGAGGUAGUAACUUUUUUUUUAAAUAUAUAUAUAUAAAGUAGAUAUACAACUAAGAUUAAAAAGUUCUUUAUUCAAAAAUGGUUUUCGUGUUAAUUUUACCCACUGUGGUGGUAAAUGUUGUGCAAAUGCAAUACAAGGAAAUACUACUUUCUGUUUAUUUGUUUUUUUAA